AUGUCGCUACCACUUAAAGAGGAAUUUAUGCAUUCUCGCUGGUGUACGCCGAACGCCUCCCUCCGUCUUUUGUUUCCUUUGCUCUCCUUUUCCUUUUCCUUUAACCGACUACUUUUUGUUUUUGUUUCCCCUUCUCUGUUUGCUGCUGAUGCGACCCUUUGCCCUCACACGUGUGUCGGCAUCGAGAGGAUUGUAACGAGGCCAAGGAAGGAAACGAUGCUAACAAGAGAGCGAGAAACUCGCGGGUCGACGCCGCAAUUGAUGCGCACCGUCGGCCGCGUCUUCCCCCUCUCUACCUAUUCCACCCCAUCACUUUAUAGUACCUCGAUUCUUUCCGUUAACUCCACUUUCUCUUCUUCCUGGGCAACAACUUUUUCGUUUCCUAUCUCCCCGUUCUUUUUUUUGCUUCUCAUUUUACCGUUCCACGGAUCGCACCAAUCUCCAACAAAAGCUCCUCCUUCGUUUUUCUCUUUUUCUUUUUUUUUCCCUUUGGCAAAGUACCCGCCGUACUCCUCCUCUCUUUUGUCUUUUCCCGAUUUUGUUCUACACCGUCUCUCCUUCUUCUCUCUCCUUACGCAAUUCUUUUUCUUUGUUUGUUUGUGGUGA